UGAUCUUUCUCAGCAAAUGACACCUGAACAAAACGACUGCAGCGACGCAAUGAAGAGCGGAAAUAAUGGCUUCGGUCUCUGCUAUUCCAAAGAGUGCAAAAUGUCGCCAAGUCAGCUUGGAGCAAGAGAAAACCGUUGACGAGAUUUGGCGCCAGGUCCAAGCCAAGGUCAUCCAGCUCGCGGGCGGCGACGCAAAGAAUGUUCGCAAGUUGGGCAUCGACGAUGUUCUCGGGUACCUAGAUUCAUUCCAGGACUCAAAAAAACCGCAAAAGGCCCAACGGCUCAAAGGAGUAAUUGACAAAACCCUUCAAUGCAUCCAGACAGUCGGGUCGAUUGUUUCUUCCGGCGUGUCGACCGUCUUUGGUCCGGCUGACAUGUGCUGCAAUGCCCUCACCUUUGUCAUCCAGGCAUGGCAGGGUUAUGAAGGCAUGUUUGAGAAUCUUGCUGAACUAUUAGAGAAGUGUAUAGAAUUCUUGGACCGUCUUGAGUACUACAACGAAAACAUGGAUGCAAGGCUCAUGCGCAUUGCUUGUCAAAACCUCGAGCUUUUUGUCGAGAUUUGCGAACGCACCAUCAAGCUGCGCAAGAAGCACACGCGAUUCUUGGCUUUUACAAAAAUGCUUUUCCUCAACGACGAUGGUAUCCAGGGCCUUCUCGGUCGAAUGGACAGACUCAACAGCAAGGAAUCCCUCCUCGUGGCCGCUCAAACGUUUGAAAUCGUCAACGACAGCGCGGAAAAUAUCAAGACCAUCGUCGACGGCCAGAAAGAGCAAAGAAACACGCAAGAUGCAAAGGAAAGGCGACAGACAAUUGUUGAAGCGCUUGGGUUUCAGCCUGUUGAACUCAGCCAGAAAGGAGAACCCAUUUCCAACUGGAAGAGAAGCUUUGAUGUGUACAAAAACUCCGUCAUCGCCGCUACUGGCGAAUGGUUGUGGGAGGAUCGCGUGUUUUUGGAUUGGUCCCAGGCACCACAACCCCAAACUCCAAUUCUCAUCCUGCAAGGCAGCAAUGGCUCAGGAAAGACUUCGCUAAUGGCAAACGCUAUUAAGCAUCUUCAAAAAAGCCAAAACAACCCUACCUCUCGCAUUGUCACCGCCUACUUCUUUCCCGAGCACGACUCAAAGAUCGUUGACCAAGACCCACGACAAGUCUUAGAGACGGCAUCAAAAGCCCUGCUGUGGCAGAUUUCAGUUUCUUUCGAGGCCAUGGCAAAGUCUGUAGCCCAUAUAGCCCAAACCACUCCAGUAUUCGACGGUUGGUUGGACAUAUGGGAACAGCUCUUUGUCAACAACACCGAGCGUCACAACUCGGACACGACCUUUUUCAUCUUUGUUGAUGGACUUGACACAGACAUAAGAAGCUUCGUGACUGUGUUUCAAAACAUUUGUUCGUCAGGGAUGGGAAAGGUCCGCAUUAUGUUGACUGCUGGACAGCGGAUGGUGACUGAGUGUAGCCGUCAUAUGAAGGAUGUCAAGUUUGAGGUUAUUUCAAUCGCAGAUCGGAACGGCAGCGAUGUUGAAAAGUACAUCAACUACCGUAUGGAUGCCAUGGCAACUCUACGGGAUCACACACGACCUGGAAUAUCCGAUUGGCGUAAGCGGAUUCUUGUUGAUCUGAGUGCCAAAUGUGCAGGUGACUUUUACAAGUUGAAUUCAAGUCUCGACACGCUCGCGCAGAUGGACCUGAUUGAGGACAUUGAAUCAGUCCUAGCAGAUGCAAACAAAACUAGAUCUGACCAGAUCGAUGCCGAAAUCAUUCAUCUCAACAAAACGCGUACUCCAAAGGAGAUCCAGGAAAUCAACGACAUUAUUCUCUGGGUGGACAAUGGGCGGAGAUGGUUCCCCGUCAACAUGAUCGAAACUCUCAUCUCCUUGAAGUACCGUUCUCCAGAUGGGAGCCAGACCGUUUCAAGUCGAUCAUUGGCAGUCUCCCUACUCCCCCUGUCACAGAAGCUGGCAGAGAAAUAUACAUUGUUUGAAAUCACCGAUGCAAACACAGUUAAGUGGCGUACUCCAGAAACAAAGGACCGCAUCCCAUCCAAGUCUACACCAGACGAAAACAUGGCCCUUGGACUGCCUCGCAUUCAGGAAACAGAGAUCAACAUUGUGCGACACUUUCUUCAAAACGUUUGUCCAGGCGAAAUGUACAGUCGGUUCGACUUUGAACAGUUUUUCGAAACAAAGCUCGGAGCUCAGCAUCGGGAAUGCAUUUGUCGUGACCCAGACAAUGCCCACAUCAAAAUCGCGAUUGCUUACUUGACAGUCAUGACGGAUGAAACAAUGAACACCAAUGGGAUUCUUGAGCACGCGAGGCGCGAUCUCCUUUUCCAUUUCAAGCAAGUCGACUUGUCAGCUGCUGAUAAACAAUUCAAAGUACAAGUCGGACCGCUUCUGGUGAGGCUCCUGACGGAAGAAAAGGGAAUCAUGUCCUUGUUCCUCCCGACCGAGUCCCUGUCCUUGUUCCUCCCGACCGAGUCCCUGUCCUUGUUCCUCCCGACCGAGUCCCUGUCCUUGUUUGAUUGGGCGAGAACUGAAUAUUUUCACCUCAAGGAUGUCCGCGCCGAGUGGCUGUACUCGACCGAAGGAACACGGGAGGUUUUGCGGUGGCUCAGUGACACUACGGUGACGAAACGCAUUGAGGGAGACCUGGCCAAAUCUUUCGUUGAACGUAUCACGUCCACUGGAGGCCUGCAUGCAUCAGUGUUGUUACAUGCAGCAACGCAUCUGGCGCGGCAAAUCUACCACAAAAAGCCGAGUCAAAUGGUCCUCAUCAGUGCCAGUCUGUUCUUGAGAGGCUAUCUUCUACGAUGUGACCCUGAAAUAUCCAAGCAGAUGGCCAAUGAUGCAUCCUUCUACAUUGCGAAAGUGGCUGAUGCAGCCAAAGAACUCGAGGAUCCAAGAAACUUUACUCUGGAAACCACAGAUGCGAUUGAGGCCUGGGCAACAGUUGCUCUCAACAAGGCCGAAAACACUGCAGUCCAAGACUCUCUCUGGGAAUUCCAGGCUUUCACCUUCAUAGGAAGUAUUUGUCAGAAUUUGCCAAUUGGGCAAGCAGUUACCAGGGCCCAGAAGGCUGCCGAAAUCGACCCUGAUAACCUCGAUGCCCGGUAUAUCGUUGCUGCAGACAGACGCCUUGCGCGCCAGGAGCAAGUUGAUGCACUUUCCAAGAUGAAACAGGACCUUGAGUUGAACUUGGAGAAAAAGUCGAAUGUGCUUCUAGCUAGAGUCACAAUGGCAUUGGGUAAUCGGCUUUGGGACAUGGGCGAAGACCAUGACCUGGCUACGCAAACCCACUUGGAAUGCCUCUCAUACGGAUACUGUGGAUUCUCGUCGAGGGAAAAGUGCUCGUCGAUACUCGACAGGUAUACAAAGAUAUCCGACUUUUCUCGCGUCCUGAACUUUAUCGAUGGAGUUAACAAAUGCUGGGAGACUUGGAGACCGCAUGUUGAUGAAAUGGUGAUUGACUUGAUCGACUCACUCGCCGAAUUGCAAGAUGUUGCUAAGGCAGCGGACAAUGAUCAGAAAUGGGAUGUCUUGGAAGCCUGGUAUAGCCAAAUGAUCGAGUUUUGCUUCAGUGACGGAUUCGACGAGCUAGUCUUUGCUCUUCGCAGAUACCUAGCAGGUACUCGAGGGGAAUCAUCUGACGAAGCGAGACGUGACAGUAGAAUUACCCUCUACGAAACCGCACUAGAUGGCAUCAAAGACAGCACACAGACCAAGGAGAACAUUGGGACAUACAUCAUCUACAUGGCAGUUGACAAUCUUGCGGCCGCAUAUGCAGAGAAAGGAUUUGCUUCCGAUUCGAGCUCGGAAACGGUGGAACUGUACGUUGCCAAACUUGUCGGACUACUCACCUUUGCCGAAAAUGACGAAGAGUCUCUACGGGCCGUAACUCCGGUUUGCUGCCUUGUCAGACAUCAUCGCAGCAAUGGAAAUUACGCAGACCUCACCAGGGCCUGGACACGCAAGAUUAUGUUGGAAAUCAUCGAGCUUUUGUCUGACGACGACGAGAGCAAUGACUACGAAGCGUAUAUAUACCUCCACCAGCUUCUGAUUGCUCUGGGAGACAUUGAGAACAGCCGCGUUGCAGUUGCGAUGCUGAAGUGGGGGAAUCACAUUGGAUUUCUUGAACAUGAAGAAAAGAAACGACAACGAGUGAAGACCGAGUACAUCACCAAGGGUUUUCAAAAGGAACAAGAUGUAAAACGAUCCGAUGUUUCAGAUACUCAAGGUGGACUACAGUCAUCUGAGGAUGGUAGUCGGGUGGAAGGUGUUGAGUCGGAUGUGGCAGUGGCUGCUGUCGAUAUCGAGACGGAAGAGAUAGCAGAUCCGCCCAUUGUGUCUACAACGGAUGAGGAACACAAGGCCAAUUCGGUGGCCACUGAGGACUGUUCGCCAGGGCCACAUAACACCGACUCAAAUCCCCCAUCUCAAUCACAAGCGCCGAUCGAAGAAACACCCUUACUCUCCUGGACAUCGUGGUGCGAUGCCUGUAACGACCCUAGAUCUACUGAGGACAUGGCCAUCUACGUUUGUCUUGACUGUGUCCAGAACAUCUUUGUCGAAACCAAGUGCUACACCAAGUUGAAGAAGGGAGAAGAGCUGGAAGAAAGUUUGGACUGCAAGGAUCAUGGGUUCUUCUACGUGCCCGCCUGGAAGAGAGACGUCGAGUUUCCCAAAGCGAGUGUGCCUGUGUAUAGCACUGCAGAUGGCAACGACGGCGAAGUUGAGCUUCAAGGAUGGAUGCCACUAGAAACUUGGAGGAACAAGUUGAGAAAGUUGUACAUAGAAGACUAGUUCUGGAUGUAGUUCAAAACGUGGAGCACCUUCAGCGUACCUGUGAUUGCUCUGCAGAGCUUACACUGUGGGGAAAACGGGCUCGCAAGGACGGCAGCUAGAAGUAGCACGCCCUAAUGUAACAAGUGACCGAUGUGGAGGAGCAGUUCGCCAGUGGUCUUCGCACCGGGAUACCUA